UUCAUCUUCCGUUCCACGUUCCAUUUUUCAUCUUCCAUUCCCAUACAACAUAAACAAAAACUCAUAUUUUCUGUUUCAUUCCUCCCCAUUCUUCGUCUUCUUCUUCCACCACAAAGAAGCACCACAAAUGCGAAUCCCAAUUCACAGAAGACUGAUCUUCUCUCUCCUCAUCUUCUCUCUCUUCCCAAUCUCCCUCUACGCCCGACCCUUCGUCCUCGUCAUCUCUCAGGACGACAUCAAGGACGCCGUCAACUCGCCGGACUCUGACAACCCCGCCGAUCCCGACUCCGCCGAGUGGGACGAGUUCGGCGACUCCGAUUCUCACAAGUCCGAUGAGGAGCUCGACCCAGGCUCAUGGCGGCCGAUCUUCGAGCCGGACUCUUCGGCCGCCGAGCCGUCGUCGGAGCCCGAUUCGCUGUACUACUCCGGCGUGUCGAAGAUGGUCAGAGCGAUGAGCGCCAGCGAAGAGGGGCUCAUGGACGAGGGCGUGUCGGAGAUCGAGGCCGCAGCAUCCUACGGCCAUCCCCACGCGAGGUCCGUGCUAGGGUUUCUGCACGGCUCGGGGCAGAUGAGGGAGAAGAACAAGGCGAAGGCCUUCAUGUACUAUCACUUUGCCGCUGAGGGUGGUAAUAUGCAGUCCAAAAUGUCUCUCGCCUAUACGUACUUUAAGCAAGAUAUGUAUGAGAAAGCAGUGAGACUUUACUCCGAAUUAGCUGAAGUUGCAGUUAACAGCUUCUUGAUAUCAAAGGAUUCGCCAGUGCUUGAACCAGUGAGGAUUCACAGUGGAGCUGAGGAGAAUAAGGAGGCUCUGAGAAAAUCUCGAGGGGAGGAGGACGAGGAUUUUCAAAUUCUGGAGUACCAGGCACAGAAAGGGAAUGCCGCUGCCAUGUAUAAAAUUGGUCUUUUCUACUACUUUGGACUGAGAGGGUUGCGGCGCGACCAUACCAAGGCAUUGUCAUGGUUUCUUAAGGCUGUGGAGAAGGGUGAGCCGAGGUCGAUGGAGCUUUUGGGAGAGAUAUAUGCAAGGGGGGCUGGGGUGGAGAGGAACUAUACAAAAGCACUGGAAUGGCUCACUCUUGCAUCGAAGCAGCAUCUUUAUUCAGCUUAUAAUGGAAUGGGGUAUUUGUAUGUCAAGGGCUAUGGAGUGGAAAAGAGAAACUACACCAAAGCAAAAGAAUAUUUUGAGAAGGCUGCUGAAAAUGAGGAUGCUGGUGGGCAUUAUAACUUGGGAGUACUGUAUCUCAAAGGGAUCGGGGUAAAAAGGGAUGUCAAACUAGCAUGUCAAUACUUUAUGGUAGCUGCGAAUGCCGGUCAACCAAAGGCAUUCUACCAGCUAGCAAAGAUGUUUCAUACUGGAAUCGGACUCAAGAAGGAUCUCACUAUGGCUACUGUGUUAUAUAAACUAGUUGCAGAGCGGGGACCAUGGAGUUCCUUGUCUCGAUGGGCACUGGAGUCGUACUUGAAAGGAGAUAUUGGCAAGGCAUUAUUCUUGUAUUCAAGGAUGGCGGAACUAGGCUAUGAGGUAGCACAGAGUAAUGCUGCAUGGAUUCUCGACAAGUAUGGAGAACACAGUGUAUGCAUGGGAGAAUCUGGAUUAUGCACAGACUCAGAGAGGCAUCAGCGUGCACAUUUUCUGUGGUGGCAAGCAUCUGAGCAGGGCAAUGAGCAUGCUGCAUUGCUGAUUGGAGACGCAUAUUAUUAUGGUCGGGGUACCGAGAGAGAUUAUGACCGUGCAGCAGAUGCUUAUAUGCAUGCGAAGGCGCAAUCUAACGCGCAAGCUAUGUUCAAUCUCGGUUUCAUGUAUGAGCAUGGUCAAGGACUACCCUUUGAUCUUCACCUGGCCAAGCGGUACUAUGACCAAGCCCUAGAGGCUGAUCCCAAUGCAAAGUUGCCUGUGACACUGGCUCUUAUGAGUUUGUGGAUACGUAACAACUAUGCUGACAGUUCCCUGGUUCAUUUUAUCGAUUCAUUGCCCGAAGCCUAUCCAAAAGUUGAAGAAUGGGUGGAGAAUGUGCUCUUGGAGGAAGGGAAUGCUACAAUACUGACUCUUUUUGCUUGUCUUAUUACUGUUCUAUAUCUUCGUGAGCGACAACGGAGGCAUGCUGUUGCUGCUGCGGCCGAGAUUCCUGCACCGCACCUCCCUGACGAUCAUAUUGCACCUAAUUGAUCGAUUUUGUCGUCUCAAAAACUAUGGUUCUCUUCGCCAAUGCUCUCAAUUAAUAGUAAUAUAAUAAGCCCUUCUUCUGCAAUACAUAAUGUACAGCUCUUCUCUCUUAAAUUUAGUUUGAACUUUGACAGGACACUCCAAUGUUCAAAAAGCACAUUGUACCAUAGCAAAAAAGAGGUGCGAUAAAAUGCAAAUGUAUUUGCGUCGCAUAUGAAAAAGUUUUGUUAUUUUCAUAGAUUUUAUCACUGCUACUUCCUGUUUUAGGAGCUGGAACUUACUGAUUCAAUUUCAAUGUGUUUUAAGUGUAUCAAAACUAAAGAAAUCUAAUAGCAUGCAGCAAUGUUAAUUCUUUCA